AUGAAAAUGCAGAACCAAAACAGCAGAGUCAGCAAGAACAGCACGGAAAGAGAUGAUGUGUCAAUAAAAACAGCUGAUGUUGUUUUUCAUUGUGCAAUCAGGGAAAUCAAAGUGAGCUCAAGUACAGCAGAGAUUAGCCACAAGCCAAGGCUUGCCUCGGAUCAAUAAAAUGCUAAGGCAAACAGCUGAUGUGCCUCACUGAUUGGAGUAAAGGCACUGUCAUGGUCAUGGCUCAUGAAGACAAAAGCAAGAUGCAUUUGAGCCAAAACACUAAACAUGCUGAUGUCAUUUAUUAGUUAUGGUAACUGCCUCUCCAGUUGAAUGUGUCUUUCAGUGAGAUCAGCUGACUGGGAUGACUUAAGACCACAAAUCUAGACCACAGCUUUAAUGAAAUGUUUGGUUUUUGAAAUGUGCACCAUUGAUAUCUCAAUAGUCGCUAGAGGGUGCACACUGCACAGACUGAAUUAUGAAUAGGAUGCUUUAUUCUCUGAUACUGGGCGGUAUUAGCAGUUGAUAUCGGAUGUGUUAGCUGGUUGGCAGUCGCCUAACAGAAUCAAAGGGAAAGAUUGAUUUUAUUAUUCCUGCUUAGGAAUGGAAAACAAGGUCUAAUGGACUCCAACAGUGAAGACGGAGAGUACCAAAAUCAUGAAUAUGCCUUACAACAAGAUGCAGCCCAGUACAGAGUGACCUAUAGGAGAAACACAAAAGAGGUGGAUUAUAAUAAAAAUGAGGAGUUCAACAGAAUGAGGUAUCCAGUGAGUCGCUCUGGCAAAAACCUGGGCAGAGUGAAGCGGGUAGUCUCAUGUAAGAGGAAGACCCAUCAUCUGACAGUGACUCGGAGGAAGCAGCUCGGGACUGGGAAGACUUAUGAUGCUGCAAACAAGGAGAAUGAGAUGAACUGCAUGCAGGAUAUGCAACAGGAGAUAUUUGACAUGGACCCUUGGGAGUUCCCACUAAAUGUCACUAAUAACCACAAGACUGGUAAUACUGGUUCUGAACAAGCCGACUACUGUACGCUCACUGAGCUCACAAGGGAUCAUAGCACAAUGACUGAUGUGCUCUUUGGAAGACAUCUGAGACUGAAAGUAUCUUUAACAUUGUGGCAGAGAAAUGUUGGAGAGCUGUUGACGUACUUUCUGAGAAUCCAAGAUAUUGGUGUGUUUGUUGAUUUUCUCCCACUGAUAAGCAGAAGCAUUGAGGAGGAUCCCCACAGGGUCACCAUUGGCUGUUGUGUUGACCUCUUUCCUUUAGUUAAGAAAGUCCUCACCAAUCCAUAUGAAGAGUAUCUUAUAGUUGGUUUAAAGUGGAUAAGUUCAGUUUUGAAAAACUGGUGGGAGGACCUAAGAACAAGUGGCUGUAGUGGCUCAACUACAUGUAAACUUCCGAAGGAUAGAAAUUUCCAGGCAUUUAAUCAGCAGUUAUUGGAGUUAUGGUAUCAGAACCCUUCACUGAAAUCUGUUUCGGGAACUGCUGGAGACAUGGCUAAGGUCAUUGACUCCUUCCUGUCUCAACUUACCUGACGGCAUCAAAGAAACAGAUAACAGAUCUUUCUCUGAUAGCAGUCGACUCCUUAGAUUGGAGCGACUGUUGUUUCCACAGAGAAGUGCCUUUUAGCGUGUAGCUGUCCCUAGGGGAUAUUGAUGUAUUUAUUGGCUGGCAGAUAAAGUUGAACAGUUGAAAUACUGAGAAUGUGCAAUAUAAAUGUAAUCAUGUGGCAAAUUUGACUUGAUGGUCUUUUUCAUUGAAGAAGUAGGAUGUUGUAAUCAUGGAACAUCAACAAGGAGUUUUAUCAUUGUGCAGUUUCAGUUAGGUCACAGAAACGUGGAGGCCUUAAUGAAUGUAAGAAUGUUGUUUCAUUGAUAUGUUGUGUAUGCCUAUUCUCUUUGAUUGCACCACUGAUGAUGAAUAAAGUUAGUAUAUUCGGUUU